UGCCAACGAGAUUCUCAAUUCCAGAACAGUAGGACGUCAGCCCCUUUUUAGUGGGUUUCCUACCUUGAGUUAGGAUUGGUAGGCUGAGCCGCGCAAGCCGUCUUUGUCGGUUCUUGGGGUAUUCAUCCUUAGUGUUGCCGACUUAAAAUUGCGACGGAUCUUCCAGUAUAGUUCUUGCGUCAACUAUAGCUUUGUUCGUUGCUCUAUGUUCACGUCAACUCCCUCCUUAUCUCACGGCUCCGCGCCAGCGAUGGCGUCAGCAGCAGAGCCAACGCUUUGCCUUGGAGUCCCACACGGUAUCGAUCUGCUCGGAUCUUCCGUCCCAGCGUCCGUCGACGACCGUGAUGAUGACGUGGACGAUCUGACGGAGGAGGAUGUUUGGUUCCCUGGAGAUGUUGACAACUCGCCAGCAGUUCGAAGUACUCAGGCUGACGCUGCGCGUCCACUGGCCGUCGAAUCCGUCGGUCGAAGCUUCGUUCCCUCCGCAGCGGAACCGCUUUUCCCGCUAUCUGGUAGAACGGUAACGCGGGGUCCUGCUGACGCCGUUCCCGCGAUCUUCAACUCACGCGACGGCUCGUCGAGCAGGCCGCUCGGCCUAUCUCUUGUUCCCACGCUCGUGGAGCCUAACUCGGGUGAUAGUAUCAGAGUCCCUAACAUCGGGGGUGAUAUUAUCAAAGGCCCUUCAGCUGCUCUACCGACUUCAUCCGUUCUUAUACCGCGACCGCUACCAAGCCCUCAUGACGCAAUUCGACCCAUGAGAAGAGCGUCCGCUCCCAUACAUAUUCCUUGCUGGAGCAAGUCCUCCGCUCCCCGAGAUCUCCCUGCUGCAGGACCAGGUAGAACGGCGUUGAGAGGGGAGGAGCAGCAGGAGGAGGAUGAGAUAAUUCCUCCGCAUGAAAUCGUGGCGCGGCAAUACGCUCAAAGUGUGAAUUUCUCGGUGACAGAGGGGGUUGGCCGGGCUCUCCGUGGGAGGGAUUUGGCUCACGUGCGCACGGAGAUCCUUCGCAAGACAGGCUUCUUUGAAUGACACAGACAACAGGAUUGAGCAUGGCUCGUUUGCAGGUCUUUCUGGGAGUCUUCAGCAGGGCGUGAGGGACUUCUGAGGGGGAUUUUUUGUCGGCGUUUUCGUCCACCUGCCGAGAUUGAAGCAUGUUGGGUUGUUUGAACUUGCAGCCUAGAUGGUCAUGCCAAUUGUUUAGGUUUCUUGUAAUUUCAUGAAGGUGGGCCUUGCUUCCUGUUGGUACAAGAGGUCAGCAGUUCUUGAAGGAUUUAGCAACUCUUCUCAGUUA